CCCAGGUUCCAUUCCAGCUGUAAAAACACAGCCAGUCCUUCCCAAUUCCUUAUUCCAGGUUGUUAUAAUUCCCAUCCCAGGGAAUGACAGAUCCCAGCGGAGGGGCAGAUCCUGCUGGUGCUUCAGGGAUUUUUUUUUUUUUUUUGGGCUGUUUAACCAUUUCUGUCCUUUCUGUGCUCCCCAGGGAAGCUGCUGAAGGGAAGGAUGGGGGACGACAGACCCUUCGUGUGCAGCGCCCCGGGCUGCGGACAGAGGUUCACAAACGAGGACCACCUGGCAGUUCACAAGCACAAGCACGAGCUGACAUUGAAAUUCGGCCCCGCUCGCACCGACUCCGUCAUCAUCGCAGAUCAGACUCCGACCCCGACUCGGUUCCUGAAGAACUGUGAGGAGGUGGGACUGUUCAACGAGCUGGCCAGCUCCUUCGAGCACGAGUUCAAGAGAGCUGCUGAGGAUGAUGAGAAAAAGGCAAGAGGCUUUCUGAGUGUCCCUUCUGUCCUGCAGGGCUCCGGAGCCCUGGACAUGUCCCUGCCCUCCACCCCGGACAUCAAGAUCAAGGAGGAGGAGCCGCUGGAGGUGGACUCGUCCCCGCCCGACAGCCCCGGGUCCCGGCCACGCUCACCCCAGCACAGGGACAAGGAGCUGCCCUCCAAGCCCGUGAUCCUCUCCACGCCCACGCCCACCAUCGUGAGGCCGGGCUCGCUGCCGCUGCACCUGGGCUACGAGCCCCUGCAGCCCACGCUGCCAUCCCCCACGUCUGUCAUCACCCAGGCACCCCCGGCCAGCAGGCAGCUGGGGUCUCCCUCAGGCUCCCUCCCGCUCGUGGUGCAGCUCGCCAAUGGCCAGACCGUGCCCGUGCUGCCCGGCCCCCCCGUGCAGAUGCCUUCUGUCAUCUCGCUGGCCAGGCCCAUGCCCAUGGUGCCCAACAUCCCUGGCAUUCCCGGGCCCCCCAUCAACAGCAGCGGCUCCAUCUCGCCCUCAGGACUCCCGGUGCACUCUGAGGCCAAAAUGAGGCUGAAGGCCAGCCUGGCAGCGUCAUCCUCGCUGAACGGCAGCAGCCUGGCCGUGGGCUCGGCCAGCACCAUGGUGACCGCGCGGCCGGAGCAGAGCCAGAUCCUCGUCCAGCACCCCGAUGCCCCUUCCCCUGCCCAGCCACAGGUGUCCCCUGCCCAGCCCACGCCCAGCACGGGCGGGCGCCGCAAGCGGGCGGCGGACGAGGACCCGGACGAGCGGCGGCAGCGAUUCCUGGAGCGGAACCGCGCGGCCGCCUCGCGCUGCCGGCAGAAACGCAAGCUCUGGGUGUCCUCCCUGGAGAAGAAAGCCGAGGAGCUGACGAGCCAGAACAUCCAGCUGAGUAACGAGGUGACGCUGCUCAGGAACGAGGUGGCUCAGCUGAAGCAGCUGCUGCUGGCCCACAAGGACUGUCCCGUCACGGCCCUGCAGAAGAAGACUCAGGGCUACCUGGAGAGCCCCAAGGAGAGCUCGGAGCCCACGGGCUCCCCCGCGCCCGUCAUCCAGCACAGCUCGGCCCCGGCCGCGCCCAACGGGCUCAGCGCGGCUCGCUCGGCCGCCGAGGCCGUGGCCACCUCGGUGCUGGCCCAGAUGGCCGGGCAAAGGACAGAGCUGGCCGUGCCCGUGGCCUCGCACGUCAUCAUGGCCCCACAGUCACAGUCUGCCGGCAGAUGAUGGCCCCAGGAGCGCCCCAGAGUGACCACAGCCCCAGAGUGACCACAGCCCCAC